AUGCCUUCAGCAGAUCCAAUCCCCGUCUCCGCCAUGCCUCUCGUCUCUCCCAACGCACUUCUUUACGCCCACCUCAAACAGACCCCUCCACGCCGACGCUCAAACCGCGACCCCUCCGAACCGCGACCAAUUCAGCUGAAUGUAGGCUCACUAACGCACUGCAACGGCUCAUCGCUGGUGAAGGUCGGUGCUACGACCAUUGUCUGUGGCGUCCGUGCGGAGAUUCUUCCCGUCAGUGAGAUUCCCAGCUUUAGGGUCACGAAAUCGUCAGAUCAAAACCGAAGAAAACCUGUGCGGCGGAUCGAUGGCGGCGAGAGCAGUGACGACGAAGAUGGAUACUCUCCGAUCCAACUUUACAACCUACUCGUUCCAAACAUUGAGCUAGCGACUGGCUGCUCGCCCAAACAUCCCGCAGGAACAGCCCCUUCAGUGGAGGCACAGUCAAUAUCCCAACGCCUUCUGUCGCUCCUUCACACGUCACGGCUGGUUAAGACCUCAGACCUCGAAAUCAUCUACACACCACCAAAGGAGUCACAAGAUCUUGAGCUGGGCAUCAAUGCAGACCCGGAGAUCAAAGCAUACUGGACAUUGUACAUCGACAUGAUGUGCAUCAGUCACGGAGGGUCAAUCUUCGACGCUGCAUGGCUUGCUCUUUUCGCCGCACUUAGGGACUGUUUGCUGCCACAGGCUUGGUGGGAUAUCGAUUCAGAACAGGUUCUUUGCUCUGCAGCUACAGAGGACGCGGGGAAACUGGAGCUGCGAGGGAUGCCCGUGCCUAGCAGCUGGGGCGUCUUUGUGCCUGAAGAGAGAUCAUUGGACAUGCAGAACGGAGAUCCUGAGCGGUUUUGGAUCCUCAUGGACACCGACGCAUUUGAAGAGGAAUCCUGCAAGGAGAGUGGCUGCAUCACGGUGGAUUGCAGUAACAAUGCGGACUCGAUCCUCAGAAUCGAGAAGAGCGGCGGCCCUGUCAUUGAGAUCGAACAGCUUGAGCAGAUUGCUGGAUUCGCUAAGCGAAGGUGGCAGCAAUGGAGAGAUGUGCUGCAAACAGCCACCGGCCCAUGA